GCUCUUAUUCCAGGUCCUCUCAGUGGGCGCCCCCAAGUCAAAAGCGUCCUCCGUGCGGUCCAGACAGCGGAGUUUCAAAGCGCCCCCAGCGCCUAUUCCACCUCCACCCGCAUCUUCACGUCCGACCCUAGAUCCUACACCAAUCCUGGAUCUUCCUCGUAAACCUAUCACUAUUGAAGGUCGUCUAGCUGCCGAGGAGGUAGGGUUCCUGGUCGAGUUGGAGAGGCUUUACAAGCGCUUUCGCCCGGUCCCGGAAGCGGUCAAGGAGAUGAUCGAGAGAAGCGAUGAACUCGUCAAGUAUUUCAAGGACCGGAACGCGGGGGCGGCGGAGAUCGCGAAUGAGAUACACAAGAUCGCCAAAAACCUCGUAGUCGAAAAAGGUCCAUUCGGAAAGGAGCAGCUGGUCCCUUACACUAACUUCUUACUGGAGUCCGCCCGAAAGAACCAUUAUUCUGUUCAGGUUAUCAAAAAUACAGGUCCUGAAGACAGUAGAGGUUUCUACACACGGCAAAUUGAGGUGCUCCAACAGUUAGAAACGGAAAUCCUGCUCGAACUCAAGAGGAAGCUUAGGCCGCUUAGAAGUCUUUCAAAGAAACUCGAUGUUUACUUUUAACCCUCAAGACUUUCGGAUUCGUGCAAUAAUUACUGGGCUACCGUUCAUUUGAUUAGUUCAGCUGAAACCUCACCGGAGGAUUUGAGUGUCGAGUUAAUCGGAAUAACGAUUUUUUUUUUCUUAAAUUAAUUCCAUUUGAACGUUGUUAAAAAAUGUUCUUCGCAUGAGAGGUUUCUGUCAAUCCUCUCAAAAAUGUGUAAAAUAUGACACCGAAAAAAAAAAAAAUAAUUGUGGCAUUUAUUACAAAAAAUUUUCGGUGUAGAACUUUCGUAAACUUAGUUAAAAGUAUUUUAAGAUCAUUUAGGUAUACAGAGUGAACGUGUAAUGAAUCGAUUUUUUUCCAAUUACAAAUAUUGCAUCACUGA